UGUUGAUAACCUGGUUAAAUUACACUUAGGUCCCUCUGCUGCAAUAUAUAUCAAAUGUCUGUUUAUUUGACUCUUCAUGGUAUGUCUCUUUGUUCCUCCUGUCUGUCUCUGUUCUUUCUGUCCUGUAGGAGAUGAUCCCGUUUGCUGUGGUGGGCAGCGACCAGGAGUACCAGGUCAACGGCAGGAGGCUUCUGGGAAGGAAGACAAAGUGGGGAACCAUAGAAGUUGAGAACAUUGCUCAUUGUGAGUUUGCCUAUUUGCGGGAUCUACUGAUUAGGACCCACAUGGAGAACAUCAAGGACAUCACCAGCAGCAUCCACUAUGAGGUGUACCGCGUCCGCCGCCUCAACGAAAACAACACCGCCGUCGCCCAUGCCAACGGCCUCCCCCAACACCACAUGACCUCCCAUGAGAUGUAGAGCCCUGCCCACCGUGUCCCAUGAGGCCUCACUUCCCUCCGAAGCAGCUUCGAUCCUUCCAUCCCGUUAUCCUUCCAUCCCUCACCCCUCCACUCACUCUCAAUGCCAAACCCUUCUACAGAAGGGAGAAGACCCACACUGGGGGGACUGAGGAGUGUAGUCUUAUCGCCCCCAAAUGGCCAAAUACAGAUGCAUAGAAUGGACUGUUGAUGCCAAUGCAUUGCCCCUCGAACCCGGUCUCUCUGACUAACGUCUACAUGAGGGUGGGGGGGGGGGUAAAUGCUAGCUAUCACUUGCAUUCAUUCAGGUUUAACCAGGCUAAGUAAACACUAUUAAUGUACUGCAACCUUAAUCUGUGUGUUUUCAGUUAUUCUGUCGUUCUUUAGGUUCCUCAUCUGUCGGUUCGGUUAACAAAAUAACGCUGUGUUUUCAGUCCCAUUACAUACAAGCAGUGACAGAAGUGCCCUCAAACUUUUGUUUGGGUAAAAUAUUGAUUUCUCAUCCGUUUUAAUAUAGCCCCUGUAAUGCAUCCUUCAUUCAUUGUUCAUUUGACCUGCUAUCUGAAGGUUCUACAACGUUUAUCUCUGUUCCCUUUGAGAGGGAGUAGUUUAGCCUUGAGGGACUCUAAUUCCCAGUAGGAGUGCUGAUUUGGGAUCAGUUUUGCCUUUUAGAUAUUAGAUUACAUGGACAGAGAGACCUGAACCUAGAUCAGCACUCCUACUCUGAGGCGCUUUAUACACUCGGCCCCAGAACUGUGGUACUGGAUCCAUCACGACAGCAGCAGAGGCACAGGACAGAUAUUCAGAUAAGUAUUUAGAAGUAUAAAUAAAAUCUAUUAAUUCUAUGGCAGUUGAUUCAUUUGUCAGAGUUCUGUUUGAUGAUGUCCGAGAGGGGUCAGUUGAAGAUGGUGAAUGGGGAGUGUUUCAUUGUGAUGGAAGUUGAUAAUGCUGUUGGAUUGGUCAGGAUUGCAUAAUGUCAGGGUUACUUAAUGUCGGGGUGGACUGGAGGUUUUGAGUCUAGUGGACAUCGUCGACACAUCUGUAGGACCAGGAGUUUUUCCCCAUAACUUGAACUGACCAGAAAAAACCUUGGGCCCUUGCAACAGCCUGUAACUAGGACGUUCUCAGUCAUAGUUAUGGACCGUAACUAGGGUCUUCUCUGAGUUGUCGUUAUAGACCGUAACUAGGGUCUUCUCCGAGUUGUCGUUAUAGACCGUAACUAGGGUCUUCUCUGAGUCGUUUAUAGACUGUAACUACAGUCUUCUCUGAGUCGUUGUUAUAGGCUGUAACUAGGGUCUUUGAGUCGUUGUUAUAGACUAACUAGGGUCUUUGAGUCGUUGUUAUAGACUAACUAGGGUCUUUGAGUCGUUGUUAUAGACUAACUAGGGUCUUUGAGUCGUUGUUAUAGGCUGUAACUAGGGUCUUUGAGUCGUUGUUAUAGGCUGUAACUAGGGUCUUUGAGUCGUUGUUAUAGGCUGUAACUAGGGUCUUCUCUGAAUCGUCAUUAUAGACUGUAACUAGGACCGUGAGUUUUUCCUGGUAAAGUCACAUGGUCAGGAAACCCCUGGUCCUACACGUGUAUGAUGCAGAGUGAGGGGAACACUCUCCUGUUGUCAUUGAUGAGCCAGUGCUUUAAGCCUUGAGCUGGUGACAGUACAGCGAUACAUAUCCCUUGUACUAUUGUGGUAAUUGUUAUUUUUACAUGGCUGCGUCGUCGUACAGGUAUUACUGUCAGAAAAUAGAUUUCAAAAUGCCCUCAGUGCCUUUUCAAUUCCAAAUAAUAGAUGUCAUUUUGGGGUGUUUUUUUAUAUUACAGAUGUUUAAAGAGUGAUUUAAAAUAAAUAGUAUUUAUGCACAUUAGAAAGAUAAGAAGUGUACCACCCACCCACUCAUCCACACAUGGUCGUUGUCCUGAGCAGAGAACACUAAAUCAGUUUCUACUGCCCAUGUCAAGUGUUUAGGAAAAACUCCUGGUCCUAGCUAUGUGCCAUGUCUCUGUGCCUUGGACAACACUAUUGCCUUUUAUUUAUUGGAGACUGUCCGCUAGCACAUGCUUUUAAACUGGAAGGACAACCGUGACAAUUAAGGCCCUGAGUUUUUCCAGACCAUGUGACCUGACCAGGAUAAACCUCCACAGCCUAUAACCAGGGACCUGAGUUUUUCCUGGUCAGGCCAAAUAGUCUGGAAAACUCCUUGUCCUAUUACUGAUGUGCUGGCUGGUGCCAAUCACCACAGCAGAAGACAUUUCAUUGUUAUCAAGUCUCUUUAUAUCAGACUGUGCACCCUGAAACUAAAGUCCUCCUUAAAAACUCUAAGUUCUCUCUCUUUCUCCCACUUUCUUUUCUCUUCUUCUCUCUUGCCGUUUCUUGGAUAUCAACCAGUAACAGUAAUAUGUGGUGUUUAAAGGUUUUAUGUGUUUCAGUUUCAAACUAUAAUCCUCAACUUCCAAACAUCAUCGUCGUCAUGCUCUGUCCUGUAUAUUCACUGUCAGAUACAUGUUUGUACUGGUAUUAAUAAUAACAGAAUUUACCUUUUGAUAUUGUGUUAUUUUCAAGAAAUAAAGAUGAAAGUUGUAUAUAGUCA